AUAUAUUAACCCCACAUCAUUUUGUUGCUUCCCCUCCCUCCUUAUCUCCCCCCUGAUCUCUUUCACUCUUUCUCUUUCUUUCUCCCUCUCUCGAUCGAUCUAAUAACUGAGCUUCUGCUGUUUUAGAUCGAAACCAGUGCAUGCACCAGCACCGAUAGAGAGAAGAGAAGGAUGGUCACAAAGCAAAUGAAAGAAGAUGAUGAUGGAAAAGGAGGAGACAACAAAUCAGGUGCAAAAAUCGAUAAACAGAAGGUUUCCUUCUACAAGCUGUUCUCGUUUGCGGACUCGCUCGACGUUGUCUUGAUGAUUCUGGGCACGAUAGGCGCCGCGGCCAACGGGCUUUCGCAGCCGCUCAUGACACUCAUCUUCGGCAAGCUUAUCAAUUCAUUCGGUGCCUCGGACCCUUCUCAUGUCAUCAAGCAAGUGUCAAAGGUAUCACUUGAUUUUGUAUACUUGGCGAUAGCUACAGGAAUUGUUGCAUUUCUACAGGUGGCUUGUUGGACGGUUUCAGGAGAAAGACAAGCCUCCCGUAUCCGUGGUUUGUACUUGAAAACGAUAUUAAGACAGGACAUUGCCUUCUUUGACACUCAGACAACAACUGGAGAGGUCAUUGGCAGGAUGUCUGGAGAUACCAUUCUCAUUCAAGACGCCAUGGGUGAAAAGGUUGGGAAGUUUGUACAAUUUGUUUCUACAUUUCUUGGAGGAUUUGCGGUUGCCUUCGCAAAAGGGUGGCUUCUUACGGUAGUUCUGCUUUCAUGUAUACCUCCUAUUGUAAUUGCCGGUGGGGCUGUUUCGCUUAUCAUGUCAAAAAUGUCAAGUCGUGGACAAGUUGCUUAUGCAGAUGCUGGAAACGUAGUAGAGCAAACAGUUGGAGCCAUAAGAACAGUUGCUUCCUUCACUGGGGAGAAGCGAGCAAUAGAGAAGUAUAACAAGAAGUUGAGAAUCGCCUACACUGCCACAGUUCAUCAAGGAUUGGCCUCAGGACUAGGAGUUGGUGUGGUUAUUGCGAUCGUAUUCUGCAGUUAUGGACUCGCUGUGUGGUAUGGAUCCAAACUUAUCAUUGAAAGAGGAUAUGAUGGUGGACAAGUAAUCAAUGUACUAAUGGCAGUCAUGACUGGUGGAAUGUCUCUGGGUCAGGCAUCCCCAAGUAUGAAUGCAUUUGCAUCAGGGCAAGCUGCAGCAUAUAAAAUGUUUGAAACAAUCAACCGACAACCCAAGAUUGAUGUCUAUGACACAAGUGGGGCUAUGUUGGAAGACAUAAAGGGUGAAAUUGAACUUAAAGAUGUGUACUUCAGAUACCCUGCAAGGCCAGAUGUUCAGAUCUUUUCUGGAUUCUCAUUGUAUGUUCCAAGCGGCAAAACAGUCGCUCUAGUUGGGCAAAGUGGAAGUGGGAAAUCCACGGUGAUUGGCCUAGUUGAAAGAUUUUAUGAUCCCGAUGCUGGUGAAGUACUUAUAGAUGGUGUCAAUUUGAAGCAGUUGCAGCUUAGAUGGAUAAGGGAGAAGAUUGGCCUUGUUAGUCAGGAACCCAAUUUGUUUACAACUACCAUAAAGGAAAACAUAGCAUAUGGGAAGGAAAAUGCGACUAUGGAGGAGAUCAGAACAGCCAUUGAGCUUGCUAAUGCAGCAAAAUUCAUAGACAAGCUACCCAAGGGACUUGACACGAUGGUAGGGGAGCAUGGAACCCAACUUUCUGGUGGACAAAAGCAAAGAAUUGCCAUUGCAAGAGCCAUUCUAAAGAAUCCAAGAAUCUUGCUUCUUGAUGAAGCAACAAGUGCAUUGGAUGCUGAGUCUGAACGCAUUGUACAAGAUGCACUAGUAAAUAUUAUGUCAAAUCGGACAACCUUGGUUGUUGCACAUCGCUUGACAACUGUUAGGAAUGCUGACAUUAUAGCAGUGGUGCAUCAAGGAAAACUUGUGGAGCAAGGAACUCAUGAGAAAUUGAUAAGAGAUCCGGAUGGUGCUUACUCCCAGCUAGUUAGCCUACAAGAAGGAGCUAAAAAAGAAGAAAACGUCAAAAUCACUACUGCUAACAAGACACAUACAAGUUUCUUCGAUGUAGAUAAGACAGUGGAAAGUUUAGGGAGCCAAAGAUUCUCUUUAGGGAGAUCCAUUAGCAGAGGUUCAUCUGGUAGCAGCAGGCGCUCAUCAUUCACAAUUAACUAUGCUCUCCCUGGAGGCCCAAUCACUAUGCUUGAGACAGAUGAAAUAACUGAGGAUUUUGAAAGAAAGGAGAUAGAUGUUGGCAAGCGGCAAAAGGUUUCCAUUAAACGAUUGGCCUACCUAAACAAGACUGAGAUUCCAGUUUUGCUAGUUGGAUCUGUUGCUGCAGCCAUACAAGGUGUUAUAUUCCCAAUUUUUGGCCUUUUACUCUCAUCAGCCAUUAGCAUGUUUUUUGAACCUCCAAGUCAGCUACGGAAGGAUUCUAGAUUUUGGGCACUUGUGUAUCUUGCUUUGGGUUGCAUAGCUCUAGUGGCUAUUCCAGUGCAAAAUUACUUCUUUGGAAUUGCAGGAGGAAAACUAAUAGAAAGGAUUCGUUCCUUGACAUUUGAGAAGGUGGUGCACCAACAAAUAAGUUGGUUCGACGAUCCUGCAAAUUCAAGCGGUGCAGUUGGUGCAAGAUUGUCCACUGAUGCUUCCACGGUCCGAAGUCUUGUUGGUGAUGCCUUGGCCCAAAUUGUACAAAAUAUAGCCACAGUCAUAGCCGGAAUAAUCAUAGCAUUUACAGCUAACUGGAUAUUGGCAUUUAUAAUUCUAGCUGUGUUGCCAUUGGUGCUAAUGCAAGGGUUCAUUCAGGCGAGGUUUACAAAGGGGUUCAGUGCAGAUGCCAAGGUGAUGUAUGAAGAAGCAAGUCAAGUGGCAAAUGAUGCUGUUGGCAGCAUUAGAACUGUUGCAUCAUUUUGUGCUGAAAAUAAGGUGAUGGAUAUGUAUCAAAGGAAAUGUGAGGGCCCUAUGAAAAACGGAGUUCGGGUAGGACUCAUAAGUGGAAUAGGUUUCGGCUUCUCUUACUUUGCACUCUUCUGCACAAAUGCAUUUUGUUUCUAUAUAGGUGCUAUUCUUAUUAAACAUGGGAAAGCAACAUUUGGCGAAGUUUUCAAGGUUUUCUUUGCUUUAACAAUAUCAGCAGUUGGGGUUUCCCAAACCAGUGCCUUGGCCCCAGACACGAACAAAGCUAAGGAUUCAGCAGCUUCAAUAUUUGAAAUGCUUGACAGCAAGCCUAAGAUAGAUUCAAGCAACAAUGCGGGCACCACAUUACCUUCUGUAACAGGGAAUAUUGAGCUACAACAUAUUAGCUUUAGAUACCCCACACGUCCAGACAUGCAAAUCUUCAAAGACUUGUGUUUGAACAUCCCUUCUGGAAAGACUGUUGCUUUGGUUGGAGAGAGUGGAAGUGGGAAAUCAACAGUAAUCAGCCUCAUAGAGAGGUUUUAUGAUCCAGAUUCAGGUUCUGUGCUACUCGAUGGUGUGGAACUCAGUAAGUUGAGACUAAGUUGGUUGAGGCAACAAAUGGGGUUGGUAAGUCAAGAACCUAUCCUGUUUAACGAAACCAUUCGUGACAACAUAGCUUAUGGCAGCCAGGGGGGUAGUGCUACGGAGGAAGAGAUCAUUGCAGCUACAAAAGCAGCAAAUGCACACAACUUUAUAUCGUCGCUGCCACAAGGCUAUGACACCUCCGUAGGGGAACGAGGAGUACAGCUAUCGGGAGGCCAAAAGCAGCGAAUAGCCAUUGCGAGGGCUAUUCUCAAGGACCCUAAAAUCCUUUUGCUGGAUGAGGCCACAAGUGCACUAGAUGCAGAGUCCGAACGAGUAGUGCAGGAUGCUCUUGACAGUGUGAUGGUAAAUAGAACAACCAUUGUCGUCGCUCACCGCCUUGCCACAAUCAAAGGAGCUAAUAUUAUUGCAGUGGUGAAGAAUGGUGUGAUUGGAGAGAAGGGAACACAUGAUGUGCUGAUGGACAUCAAUGAUGGGGUAUAUGCCUCUUUGGUGGCACUUCAUAUGAGUUCAUCGUCAUAAGCAAGAAAGGAAAAUCGAGAAGAGCCGGAUACGCUCGUUUCCUUUAGCAGCCAUGUAGGAGAAACAUUCACUUUUAUCCAUAAUGUAAGAGGGAGAAGCACAACUACAUAUAUUUUUGUAUACCCUAUAUAUUAUAACUCUUUACAAAAAUUUACACUAAAUAACUCUAAUUUUUUGUAGUAUUUGAUUUUUUAUAGAGGAAUUAAAUAAAAAGCCAAGCUCAGGCUCUCUUCUAGCCUUA